AUGCAGUUGAUGAAAUAUGACUGCAGUAACUGUCACAUCAACGAACUGCACCCCUCGCGUAAGGCACGGCCAACUAUAUGCAAAUCUUGGGAGUUUAAGAACAAAUCCUAUCAACACAUUCUCCAUCAGAAUAAAUCCUCCAGCAUCAGAAAAAAUCCUAUCAAUGCAUUCUCCAGCAUCAGAAAAAAUCCUAUCAAUGCAUUCUCCAGCAUCAGAACAAAUCCUGCUAAUACAUUCUCUAACAUCAAAAUAAAUCCUGUUAAUACAUUCUCCAACAACAGAAUAAAUCCUACUCAUACAUUCUCCAACACCAGAACAAAACCUACCAAUAACUUCUCCAACACCAGAACAAACCCUACCAGUAACUCCUCCAACACCAGAAUAAAUCCUACUAAUACAUUCUCCAACACCAGAACAAACCCUACCAAUACAUUCUCCAACACCAGAAUAAAUCCUACUAAUACAUUCUCCAACACCAGAAUAAAUCCUACUAAUACAUUCUCCAACACCAGAACAAACCCUACCAAUACAUUCUCCAACACCAGAAUAAAUCCUACUAAUACAUUCUCCAACACCAGAAUAAAUCCUACUAAUACAUUCUCCAACACCAGAAUAAAUCCUACUAAUACAUUCUCCAACACCAGAAUAAAUCCUACUAAUACAUUCUCCAACACCAGAAUAAAUCCUACUCAUACAUUCUCCAACACCAGAACAAAACCUACCAAUACAUUCUCCAACAACAGAAUAAAUCCUACUCAUACAUUCUCCAACACCAGAACAAACCCUACUAAUACAUUCUCCAACACCAGAAUAAAUCCUACUAAUAACUUCUCCAACACCAGAACAAACCCUACCAGUAACUCCUCCAACACCAGAAUAAAUCCUACUAAUACAUUCUCCAACACCAGAAUAAAUCCUACUAAUACAUUCUCCAACACCAGAAUAAAUCCUACUAAUACAUUCUCCAACACCAGGAUAAAUCCUACUAAUACAUUCUCCAACACCAGAAUAAAUCCUACUAAUACAUUCUCCAACACCAGAAUAAGACCCACCCUCGAGAGGAAGACUUUCAACCGCGAACCACUUAUCCCUUCGUGCUGGUUCUCCCACACUCUCUCGUCACACAGCCACUGA